AUGAUGGCCAUGCCGAAUGACCCACUUUUUCAAAGUCUACCACCACGGCCAAUGCCAAUGACCACAGACAGCAGAUGGAGGGCUACCAUUAACCCUGCUCCAAACUGCCCGCGUUGUGCUUCCUCCAACACUAAAUUUUGUUACUACAACAAUUACAGUUUAUCUCAACCGAGGUUCUUCUGCAAGGGGUGCCGGCGGUACUGGACUAGAGGUGGGUCCCUCAGGAAUGUCCCUGUUGGUGGCGGUUGUCGUAAGAGCCGUCGAUCAAGGUCUACCAAAGGGUUUACGAGGGCUUUAACGGGUCCUCAUUCUGACAAUGAUCCGUCAUCCAACUCGUCUUCAUCGGGGUCAGAGUCAGGUUGUCCUGAUAUUGACAUGGCUGCAGUGUUUGCCAAAUUCUUGAACCAUGGACAACAAAAUGCCAAUGAGGAGGCAACAACCAACACAUCCUCUGAAGCUUCUUAUGGUUCUCCUAUAUCCAGUUCUUGUGGGCUAGAACUAGAAAACGGGUUAGAGUAUCAGAAAUUUUCAGAUGAAUUUCUUGAUCUCUUGCCAUAUGAUCAUAAUAGACAGCUUCAAGCAGAAGAGGUGAAUCAGGGUUUCAUCAACCCUGAUUUGGCCUCUUUCGAUGACAUUAUAGAAGAUGUUUUCUGGUCAGAAGACUCCAAUUUCUCUGGCUUUACAUGGCAGCCGGUAUCUCAGAUGCAGGAAUUUGAUCCAUCAUUGCCGCCUGCUGAUGAAUCAGAGACCUCAACAAAUCCGUUACCCAGUGAUAACUGGAGUUACUUCGAUAGCACAGAAUUUGAAACAUUCUCCGGACCUUGACGUACAAUCCAUGAGGAUGAAACUUUUUGCUAUCAGAAUUCAUUUCCUGCUGUUUAGAGUUGCAAAUGACAAGAAUUCAUCACUUCAGGAGUAUAUAGAAUAAAAAUAAGAAAUCAAUGCUUUAUCUAAGCUAGCCAUCAACAAUUUUUCUUGGCUCGGGAGGGCCUUCCCACUCUUGUAAUCCUGCAAGAAUUAUUUUCUAGAAGGGAUUAUUGGUAUAUUAGUAUAUAGAAUACCUAUACUAUGACAGGUAAUAAAGUCAACAUACUUAUAUAAGUCAAAAUUACUAAGAUUUCUCACCUGCAUAAA